AUGAGCAACCACCCGCACGACAUGUACUACGACAACCCGUCGUCCCGCUCGCCGGGCUCGCAGCGCCAUCAGCCGCAGACGCUGCACCGCCAGCCCUCGCGCCAGUUCGACGCCUACGGCCAGCUCAACCAGGGCCUGUACGCCCAAGAGGACCCCCAGGCCCGCUACGACGCCCCCCGCUACAAUGACCGCCUGAACGCGACCAUCCACGCCGGCUACGGCGGCUACGAGCUCGGCGGCGCCCAGGGCUGGAACGCGAACGCCUUCGGCCAGAACAACAGCUUGGCCGCCAUCAACGCGACCACCAGGAUGAAGCCUUCGGCCCGCGGCGGUCGCAGCGCUCUCCCACAGACUUGGCUCGACCAGUCCCAGCAACAGCUUCCCUCCAUCAACACCUUCUCCGGCCUCGGCGGAGCGUCUCUGGGAGGCGGCCAGAAUUUGCCGCAGGGUCUCGGACAGGGAAUCGGCCAGCCGCAGAUGCGGCAGGACCCGUACGGGCCGUCGGAAGUCGACGAGGAGUUGAUCCCCACGGCCAUCGUCAUCAAGAACAUCCCCUUCGCCGUCAAGAAGGAGCAGCUCGUGCAGCUGAUGACCGACCUCCGCCUGCCGCUGCCGUACGCCUUCAACUACCACUUUGACAAUGGCGUUUUCCGCGGCCUGGCUUUUGCCAACUUCACCACGGCCGAGGAGACGGCGGUCGUCAUCGAGACGAUGAACCACUUUGAGUUGCAAGGCAGGAAAUUGCGCGUCGAGUACAAGAAGAUGCUCCCGCUGGCGGAAAGGGAAAGGAUCGAACGGGAAAAGAGGGAACGCAGAGGUCAACUGGAAGAGCAGCACAGACCCAUGCCGGCCUCGCAGCUGCAGAGCCAGCCGUCGCUGUCGUCCAUGUCGUCUCACGUGCCGCCAGCCACCUCGCCGUCUCCAGUCAACGAGGUGGACAUGAACGACCCGCAGGUGCUGCAGUUCUACUCGCAGCUGCUGCUUUUCAAGGAAGACCCCAACCGUGAUGUCUUGGUGUUCCCCUCUACUCUGACCCCUUCGCAGCGCCGUGUCUGCCACACGAUUGCGCAUCAGAUGGGCCUGUCCCACAACUCCAAGGGCAUGGGCGACCAGCGACAGGUGCACGUGUACAAGUACCCCGCCCCGGACACGAGUCCGCCGAUGUCGCAAAUGGCGCCCACCAGCCACCCCCUCGAUCCGCAAAGGCGCGGUCUCAACCGCGCCGCCACGACCGAUUUCAGCGAUGUUCGCGAGGGCUUCUACGGAGGCACCCUCGGCCGCCAGUCGUCCGGCCUCCUCGGCUUCCCCGAUUCGCCCGGCGGAGGCUUGACCGCCGCCCCCAACCUGAGGGCGGCCAAGUCGUACGCUGAUCUGCGCUCAUAUACGCCAUCUCCGGUACCUUCAACUGCAAGCUUUCCGGCGACGCUCGGUGGGAACAUUAACAGGUACCAGGACUACGGCACCUCGUCGACGAACCCGAGCCUCACGCCGACUGCGACCUCCAUGGCCAACCGGGACGACAGCCUGCUCGUCAACGGCUUGAGCGGCAUGAGUUUGGGCGGUGGAUUCGGCCAGGGCGGCAGCCCCCGCGGCUUGCGCGGCAUGGUUUCGUGGGAGUCGGACAGAAACCCCGGCCCGAUCGGCGGGCACAGAUCUUUCAGUAAUAACUUCGACGGCGAGCAGAGCCGCGACCGCAGCCAGGGCCUCCCCACCCGCCAGCCCCGCGGGCCCAUCCCGGAGCGCGGCUCGGGAUUCUCGCGCGGAAGACAGAACGGUCACCACGGACGCGGGAGCGACGAGCUCUCGUCGCAGUCCGGCGUCGAAAUUGUCGUCGAGUGA